CCAGGUUCCAGUCAUUCUUACGAAAGAGAGCAGCUAAACACACCUUCUGCUUAAUAAUACUCUGGAUUGACUUUAAACAAGCUUCUGCUGCCGGUGCAAGAACAUGUCUUUUUAUAGGAAUGCUGUUUGGUUUGUGAAAGGAGUACAGGAGUAUACGAAAAGCGGCUAUGAAGCUGCAGCAAAGCAUUUCGCUCCGGGUGACCUGGAUGUAAACCUGAGCGGCAGGUCGUUUAUGGUCACAGGUGCCAACAGCGGGAUAGGAAAAGCUGUGGCGCAAGAAAUUGCAAAAAGAGGAGGAACUGUUCACAUGGUUUGUCGAAACAAGGGGCGAGCAGAAGCAGCCAAAGAUGAGAUCAUGUCGCAGAGUAAGAAUGAGAACGUUCACAUCCACAUCGUGGACAUGUCGAGCGCACGGCAGGUGUGGGCGUUUGCACAGAGCUUCUCUGAAAACAACCAGCUGCAUGUGCUGAUCAACAAUGCAGGCUGCAUGGUUAACCAGAGGGAGUUAACAGAGGAGGGACUGGAGAAGAACUUUGCCACCAACACGUUGGGUACCUACAUCCUCACCACUGCACUGAUACCUGCACUGAAGAAGGUGGAAGAUCCCAGAGUGAUCACCGUGUCGUCAGGCGGCAUGCUGACCCAGAAGCUCAACAUGUCUGACCUGCAGUUUGAGAAAGGCAGCUUCGACGGCACCAUGGCUUACGCUCAGAAUAAGAGACAACAGGUGAUCCUCACAGAGCGGUGGGCGUCUCAGCACAAAGAGAUUCACUUCUCCUCAAUGCACCCUGGCUGGGCCGACACACCAGCCGUGCAGUCAUCCAUGCCUUCAUUUCAUGCCAAGAUGCAGUCCAAGCUGAGGACGGAGGCCAUGGGGGCAGACACGGUGGUGUGGCUCGCCGUAUCAGCGGCUGCCAUUAAGCAACCUAGUGGGCUGUUCUUUCAAGAUCGCAAGCCGGUGGCGACCCACCUCCCCCUGGCCUACUCCCGCGGCUCCCCACAGGACGAGGAGCAGCUUUUGACAGCAUUGGAGGAAUUCGCCCAAAAGUUCAAGCCUUAAUGAAUAAAAAACUCCCCUGCUUUUUCAAAUAAAAGCACUCCAAAAACGCUAAA